AUGGCGCCCUCGCUCGAAGCCCCCGAAAACGUACAAGACGUCCUCUCCAACCCUCUCAAAGUAGCACCUAAACUCGUCGCCCCCGAACCAGAACAUUGCCCUGGCCCAGAAUCCGAAGCAGCAGGUAAAGCAGACUCAUGCGCCGGCUGCCCGAACCAAGCAAUAUGCGCCUCCGCACCGAAAGGACCAGAUCCUGAUAUCCCAGUGAUCACUGCGCGGUUGUCGGGUAUCAAACACAAGGUCCUGAUCUUGUCUGGCAAAGGAGGGGUAGGAAAGAGUACAUUUACGAGUUUACUUGCACAUGCCUUUGCGACGAAUCCGGAUAACACGGUGGGAAUCAUGGAUACAGAUAUCUGUGGACCGAGCAUACCGAAGAUGAUGGGUGUAGAGGACGAGACAAUACAUGUCAGUGGAGGAGGAUGGAGUCCGGUCUGGGUGCUGGAGAAUCUGGGUGUUAUGAGCGUGCAGUUUAUGUUACCAAAUCGGGACGAUGCGGUCAUUUGGAGAGGACCGAAGAAGAAUGGAUUGAUAAAGCAAUUCUUGAAGGAUGUGGAGUGGGGUGACAUGGACUUCUUGCUUGUGGAUACACCCCCUGGAACGAGUGAUGAGCACUUGAGUGUCAACUCUUUCUUAAAGGAGAGUGGGGUUGAUGGUGCAGUUAUGGUCACGACUCCGCAGGAAGUUGCCCUACUCGACGUCCGGAAAGAGAUUGAUUUCUGUCGAAAGGCUGGCAUAAAGGUCUUGGGGCUCGUCGAGAAUAUGUCGGGCUUUGUGUGUCCGAAGUGUACGCAUCAGAGCGAAAUCUUCCAGGCUACGACUGGUGGAGCGAGAGCUUUGGCAAAGGAGAUGAACAUACCAUUCCUUGGAGCUGUGCCUCUGGAUCCAAGAAUUGGUAUGGCUUGCGAUUAUGGAGAGAGUUUCUUCGACUCUUGGCCAGAUAGUCCAGCCUGCAAAGCUUUGAGGGAGGUAGUGAGGAGGGUUGGGGAAGAGAUGGGCUUGAAGCCUGAGCAAGUCCUGCCAGAGGAGUGA